UUGUGUCUCUCAUCUUCAGUUUUUCCCCCUAAUCAAUGAUUCCGGGAGAGCCGAUACGAAUCUAGAACCAGGGUUUUCAUUUCUUUUUAAAAAUUUCAAGGGAAGUUUAUAAUUAUAGAAAAUAGUUUUGCCUACGCUCAGUGUUCUACUAUUGGAUUUCACAUUUUUUUUUUUUUUAUCAUUGUAAGGUGUCAGAUCAGAUUAAAAAAUGAAAUAAAAGAAAAAAUUGGAAGUCCCCAGAACCAGAACGGCAGAACCUACAAAGAAAGACGAAUUAACUGGUCCAAAAAAAUCGAAAUUUCUGCUUAAUAACGAUUCGCACUCAAUUCUGUGCCCACGCAACUGAGCUGACCUGAAAUAGCGCCCAUCACAGUCUCUCAAAUUUCAACCUCUUUAUUCUUCUGAUUGCAGGAUUUUGAAAUGGCGAACCCGCCCCAUCUUGCAAUUCUCGGAGCUGGCAUCUUCGUUAGAACCCAGUACCUUCCCAGAUUAGCUGAAAUCUCUGAUCUCUUCGUUCUUAAGGCUAUUUGGAGCCGAACUGAGGAAUCUGCCAGAGAAGCGGUGGAGAUAGCGCGUAAGCAUUUUCCAGGGGUAGAGUAUAAAUGGGGUGAUAAAGGUCUCGAUGAGAUUAUCCAAGACGAGUCAAUUCUUGGUGUUGCUGUGGUUCUUGCUGGACAAGCUCAGGUUGAUAUCUCAUUGAAGCUACUAAAGGCUGGGAAGCAUGUCCUUCAAGAGAAACCAGCAGCAGCUUCUGCAAGUGAAAUAGAAACUGCACUGUCAAGCUACAAAUCCAUUUAUGCCAAUUCCCCUGGUCAACCAAUUUGGGCUGUGGCUGAGAAUUAUAGGUUUGAGCCAGCUUUUGUAGAGUGCAAGAAACUAUUGGCUGAAAUUGGGGACAUGAUGACAGUUGAAGUUAUUGUUGAAGGAUCAAUGAAUAGUGCAAACCCUUAUUUCUCAAGUUCAUGGCGACGCAAUUUUACUGGGGGUUUCAUUCUAGAUAUGGGAGUACAUUUCAUUGCAGGAUUAAGAAUGGUUGUUGGAUGCGAGGUGAUUUCAGUAUCAGCUAUGACCUCUCAUGUAGACAAAACUUUACCUCCUCCGGAUAACAUAUCUUCAGUCUUUCAACUCGAGAAUGGGUGUUCUGGAGUUUUUGUAAUGGUUGUAUCCUCAAGAUCACCAAAGAUAUUGUGGCGCGUUGUUGGCUUGAAGGGAACACUACAAGUCGAUCGGGGAAGCCAAGAUGGACGACAUGGUUACGUGGUUUCAUUUUAUGGUGCUGAUGGGAUCUGCAAAAGUACAUUCUACCCAUUCAGUGGAGUGACUGAAGAAUUAAAAACUUUUAUACAUGACAUUUCACAGGCCAACCUUAAGAAGGGAAGUAGCUAUGAAGCAGAACCUCGCAUCUCUUUUGUGGAAGGUGCUAGAGAUGUUGCUGUUUUAGAUGCUAUGCUUGAAUCUGGAAUGAAAAAUGGGGCCUUGGUUCAAGUGAAAAAGUUUUAGGCCGAGGAUUGCCUGAACAUGAUUCUAUCAACAAGUUGAGGUCCAGUAAAGAAGCGGGAGUGGUUUGCAUGUUGCUUUGUGAGUUCUGAAUUCUUUUAUUGUCAUUAAUUCAAGAUAUAACAGUUAAUGCUGAUUUAUGUUGUUAAUUUGAAAAGCUGUGUUUUUUGGGUUUGCAUGUGGGGCAGGCAGGUAUCAUUCUGGGACUGACCUAAUGUAAUUGAAUUAAUUUUUAAUAAAUCACAGAGCUUGUUCUUGUAAAGGAAUGCUAAUAAGUUGCAGAAAUAAUUAUAUCAAGUUCGGAUUUCUUUUGGUAA